GUUAUUUUUUCUCUCGUGAAAAGAAAGAAGAAAUAAAUAAAAAAUAAAUACCCCUGCGCGUAGAACGAUGCCGAGUUCAAGUGAUCGGGUUUCGGAUUCCAACGAAGACAGUAGUAUGCCUUUGCUGGGCAGCAAUGGUGCCCCAGAGCGAAACAGCAGCAACACAACUGGUGAAUUCGAAGAGUCCUUGUUGCUUGGGAAUGAUCAUGCUGUUGCGGGUGCUGCUCCUCAGGCCAGGACUGCAACCAAGCAUGGGGCCCAUUUGGCAUGGAAGGACCUGACCCUGUUUGUUCCCACCAGGAAGGUGCGCAAAAGCUGGUGGCCCUGCGGCGAGGAAAAGGCUCUGAAGAAAGUCCUCAAUGGCGUGAGUGGGUACGUGAAGCCGGGCACAUUGCUGGCCGUGAUGGGCGCCAGUGGGGCCGGCAAAACUAGCCUGAUGAACUCGUUGGCCGGCCGAGUGCCGACGGAUGGGUAUCUGGACGGCGACAUCAUUGUCAAUGGGCGCCGGUGCGACCUCCAGGCCAUGUCCACCGUGUGCGGCUACGUCCAUCAGAUUGACAUGUUCUUUGGCUCGCUCACCGUCAAGGAACACCUGCAUUUUGUGGCUACCUUGAGAAUGGGCAGAGCAGCUACAAAGAAGGAUGUGGAGCGCAGAGUGGCUGACUUGAUUGACAGUCUUGGGCUCAACAAGUGCCAAAACACCAGGAUUGGCAUGCCAGGGGUGACAAAAGGGAUCUCUGGUGGAGAGAAAAAGAGGCUCGCUUUUGCCUCAGAAAUUGUUACGGAUCCGCCGUUGUUGUUCUGCGACGAGCCCACUUCCGGUUUGGACAGCUACAUUGCUGACAAAAUCGUGAGGGUCAUGCGAGACCUGACCCAGAACCAGGGCAAAACAAUCGUGUGCACAAUUCAUCAGCCGUCUUCCGAAGUCUUUGCCCUGUUUGACGAUGUUCUCUUGCUUGCUGAGGGACAAACCGCCUACAUGGGCACUUCCAAGGGUGCUUUGGAGUUUUUUGAAAGGUUGGGUCACAAGUGUCCAGCGACGUUCAAUCCGUCAGACUUUUUCGUUUACACCCUCGCCGUGGUGCCUGGACAAGAAUCAAGAUGCAGGAACAAAAUCAGGGCAAUUUGCAAUCAAUUCACCGUGUCUGAAGACGGGCUCAAGAUGGAGGAGAAUGUUCAGCAACAGUACAACUCCACAUUGAGGCUUGAUGUCGAAUCUUCUUGCUCUGACUCAGGGUACGAAGAUGAAGUGUUCAACAGGGGCAAGAGGAGGAAGCCCAAGUGGAGCACUCAGUUCAGACAGUUAUUCAGGCGGUCUUUGCUGGACUCUGCUCGUAAUCCAUCCGUGAACCGCGUCAGGACCAUACAGAAGAUUGUUUUAGGGGUGCUGAUUGGACUGGUGUACACCAACAUUGAUUACACUCAACGAGGUAUACAAGACAUCACUGGAGCCUCGUUCGCAUUCGUCACUGAAAACACGUUCCCGUCUUUGUUUGGAGUAUUGGGCACUUUGCCUGCCGAGUUGCCGUUGAUAUUCAGGGAACAUCAGAGCGGGAUGUUUUCUGUUAGCUCGUUUUACCUUGCGAAAGUCGUGGCAAUCAUACCUGGAUUUUUAGUGGAGCCGUUUUUGUUCACCACGAUUGCUUAUUACUUGAUGGGACUCCGAGGAGGAUUCAUUUAUUACUUCAAAACGCUGAUUUCCGUGUUCGUGACUGCGAAUGCCGCCAGUGCUUGUGGGUGCCUUUUUAGCACGGCGUUUGAGUCGUAUUCGGUCGCUAUGGCGGCUUUGUUGCCGUUCGACGUAACCCUCAUGAUUUUUGGAGGUUUCUUCGUCAGGUUG